UUCAAUCAAACAACCAUUUAAAAAGCUUAAAAAUCUCGAAAGAAAAAGCUAAAGCUUGAAGCCUCGUCUGGUGACUUUAAGCAUUGAGAAACGUUGAGUUAAGCCAAGUGGUGGCCCUUUGUUCAAGCCCAUAUGAAAGGGUACUUUUUCUCCUCUCACGUGUCCAUUUUAAAGUAUUUUUGUCUUAAUGAACAACACGAGAAACCCAAUUUUUUCAACUGUUUUUUUUAAUUUUUCUUAUAAUCUCAUUCAGCCCCUUUGGUCCAAUUUCCGUAGUCAUUCAUCUGAAUCUCUAAGUGCUAUACUCCACCUUUACAACUAUCUCUUUCUGUAUCUCUAUGGAAGAAGAAAGGGCAAAGUAUCUGUAUCAAAUGAAACGCCCCAGAAAGCUGGACUUCAAUGCGCCACUCUUAUCAAUCAGGCGCCCAAGUGGCUGCACAGAUAAUUCACAACCCAAAUUGCAAGACACAGGUCACAGCAUUCCAUUUUGUUGGGAAGAAGUUCCAGGUAUGCCUAAGGACUCUCAAAAAAGUCCUGAACGUGACACCCCUCGUCUCAGAUUGCCACCAGGCAGAUUGCAUCCGCACAAACAAGUCCCUUCUAAUGAAGAUUUACAUGAUCUUCAUCAGGAUGAUAGUUGUGAUGGUGAUAUUGAUGUUGAUGAUGAUUAUGCCGACGUUUUCUCCAAUCCCAUGGACGUUUUGUCACUAACAGAGGCCAUUGACAUUGUUGAAAAAGCUGAACAAAAUCACGGACUAGAUGGGUUCAAUUUAGAGCACAAUGAUAGUAUUUCACCAAGUUACAUUAUGGAGCGGUUUCUUCCGGAUGCUACUGCGUUGGCGGCAUCAUCUGUUAUAAAUGGAAACCUGAGCAACAAACUUCCGUACGUGUGUAACGAUCCAGAGACUCGUGUUUCAGAGGCGGUAGGAAGAUCUUAUUCUCUGCCAAAGGUUUGUGGCCUGGAAAUGCUUCUGCCAUGGCGGAUGAAGCACAGAAUUUGCGGUAUAAAAAGCCCAGUUAGGCAAGCUUGUUCUGCAAAUGUUCAAGUGAAACCUCAAAGUAGCGCCAAACACAAACGUAGCAUAGUUAGGCCUUUUGGAGAUCAUGUAAAGAAACAUACUGGAUGUAUAUCUUAUAGUACAUGA